UUGGCUGAAGCCUCGGCCAAUCUUGUCGGGGCGUGGCUACUCGCUGCAGCUGUCAGAUUGGGACCAGCCUUCAGCCCAAACAGCAAAAACAAGAGCUCAGAAAACAACAAAGACGGGGCAAUGCUGCUCGUCCGUGUCGUGCCGUGCUUCUAAGGACCGAGGCUCUGGACCCAUCGGCCUCCGAAUCUCAUCCCAUCGUCACCAUGGAGACUCCCAACAGCUAUGUGUUCAUCCACGGGAAGAACAUCUCCCACAGCACCCUGGGAGGCUCCGCUGCGGGGCCCCACAUGUCCAUCGACAAGCUGUUCCCGGCUCUUCUCGAGUGCUUCGGCAUCAUACUGUGUGGUUACAUCGCUGGACGGGCUGACAUAAUCACAGAGGGCCAGGCAAAGGGUUUGGGGAACUUUGUCUCUAAAUUUGCCCUCCCAGCUUUGCUCUUUAAAAACAUGGUGCUGCUGGACUUUGGAGACGUAAUUUGGGCCUUUCUUUGGAGCGUCCUGGUGGCCAAGGUUACGGUGUUUGUGCUGGUGUGUGUGCUGACGCUGAUGGUGGCCAAUCCAGACAGUCGAUACAGCAAGGCUGGACUGUAUGCCAUCUUUGCUACUCAGAGUAACGACUUUGCCUUGGGAUACCCAAUAGUCGACGCUUUGUAUCGAAGCACGUAUCCAGAAUACCUCCAGUACAUCUACCUGGUUGCCCCUGUUUCCCUCAUGCUCCUCAAUCCAAUCGGCCUUGCUCUCUGCGAGGUGCAGAGGUGGAGGCAGGCCAGCCACCCACACCACAGUAGUCUCAGCAUCCUGGGAAUUGUAGUUUUGCAGGUGUUGAAGAACCCGAUAGUGUUCAUGGUGAUAGUGGGAAUCAUCUCCCAUUUUGUCCUGGGAGAACAGAUCCCCGCCGUGCUGUCUGAGUUUAUAGACGGCCUGGCCAACUCUUUUGGAGGAGCAGCGUUGUUUUACCUCGGACUCACUAUGGUCGGCCAGCUCAGAAAACUAACCAGAGACACUGGAGUUGCCCUCAUUCUCCUCAUCACAGCCAAACUCCUGGUGAUGCCAUUGGUCUGCAAAGACAUGGUGGACAUUCUGGACGUCGGGGUGAACAGCACAAGCCCGAACCACACUAGUUUGUCCAACUUUGCUUUUCUCUACGGAGUCUUCCCGACCGCGCCAAGCGUAGCCAUCUAUGCUGGUCAUUAUAACAUGGAGCUGGAGGUGGUGACAUCAGGGAUGGUAAUCAGCACGUUCUUGUCGGCACCAAUCAUGUACGUGUCCGCCUGGUUGUUGACAAUCCCCUUAAUGGACCCGACCCCCCUCGUGGCAGAGCUGGAGAACGUCAGCUUCAACAUCAGCAUCGUCAGCCUUAUAGGACUGGUGUGGACUAUCGCUGUGAUGUUGCUUAGCAGGAAAUUUAACCAACUCCCUCAUCUAUUUGCAUUAAACCUUUUCCUGGCUCAGUUUUUAGUGUGCGUUAGUAUGAUCCUGUGGAACUUCCUGGUGAAACAAGAAGAUAACCUUCUCAGUAAAAUUAUCACAUUCACUCUGUUGUACGGGUCUCUGUACAGCACAUACAUCUGGACAGGUUUAAUCCCUCUCUGUCUGGCUCUGACUAGCAGAGAUGAUCUGCUCAGACUCAGACCAGGAGUCUUUAUGGCUUUGGGCUGGGGGGUUCCCUUCCUGAUGGUUGGAGUUCUUCUGAUUUCAGGGGAAAGGACGGAAAACAUUGACUCUGCUUUCUUCUAUGGCAGAGCUCAGAUAAUCAGCUCUGCUGGGGUCCUCGCUGUAAGCCUGGCCCUCGGGGCCAUUUCUCUGAUGGGUCUGAGCCAGGGAGACCGGGAGCAGAUUGGCUACGAAGCUCUGAGCCAAGCUGCUGUCACCAGCAUCAAUGAUGAACUGAGGGCCCCUGGUGGCCUGGAGGAUCAACAACAACCGCAGCAACAGACAGACAUGACAAAUUCCCCCACUUGCAGCAUCAACUCAGCAGAUUUCCACAUUUCUCCUCUCCAGGCCAUACCUGACAUGAUAGCGAGCACUCAGAGGGAGCACCCAAACAGCACAGGCCACAGUGGGGCGCUGUGUGACAGGCAGCAGCCCUGUUCGUCGGCCUCGGAGCAGCCACUGGAUCUGCCGCCACCAGGCCUUCAGAGCACUGAUGAUAAACAGACUGUGAGACACGUUUUGCUCUGUCUGCUGCUCAGCGUCAGCCUGCUGGCGAAUCUGUCCAGCUGUCUUUGGUGGUUGUUCAACAAGGAUCCAGGCCGACUUUACCUGGAACUGCAGUUUUUCUGUGCUGUAGCCAACUAUGGGCAGGGUUUCCUUUCGUUCGGAAUAUUUGGUCUGGACAGACACCUGAUCAUUGUGCCGUUCAAGAAGAGGUUUCUCGGCCUGUGGCACGGCAGGGACGGAGAGGAUCUGAGUCCGUCUGCCGUCCCUGAGGAGGUCCGACUCACCUGUACCCAGUUUGUCCGCUACCACAAAGACCAGUGCGUGCAAGACAUAGUACACACUCGCAGGUCUGGAGGAGUGACACGGGAGGAGAGUGAAGUUGGACGUUGCCUUUCCCAUCAUCCCCAGUACUUAAACACAAACCCUUAUGUUCAGGAGCAGAGACCUAACGACUCACAGAACCGGCACAAAAAUGACAAUCCAGAAGAAUCGCGCAACCGGGCCUCGCUUCCUUCCUGCAUGGAGGCUCAGGAUGAACGCCAAGGAUACAUUUCUACCCUUGAUGGACACGAUGAGGAGAUCUCUCAGCAUGAUCUUGGUACAAGACCUCCCCAGGGGCCCCCUGAAGGUGUCUUUCGGGGUAGCGACUUAGUGGUCUGGCUAACGGAGCGAGGUCUAUGCGCUGGACGAGCCGAGGCCAGACUUUACGGCCUUCGUCUUCAGCAGGGAGGAGUGCUGACCCACCUGACCGGCCAGCAGGGCUUCAGGGACGAGCCCACUCUGUUUUACCACUUCACACAGGAGGAGAGGUGGUCCAGGAGCACGUGAGAGGAUGUGUCAACCCUUAAGGCGCCAAACUGGAAGUGCCUUAUGGUGAAGUUAUUCCCACAAACUACUGGCUGGGUUAUCGUGAGACCCAAAGGCUCUGUGCAGAAUUACAUUUCCCACAAAAAUCUGUAUUUUAUGGGGAGCAACUGUUACACCUUUUCACUAUAAAAGUAUGGAAUAGUGCAUUUCAAAGAUUUAAAGUUUAAGUAGACGUUCAGGAGACAAUUUCCACUAGAAAACCAAAACUAGGCUGUUGGUCAGGAACUCCAAACCCACUCAUUUUCCAAUCAGUGAAGGUAAGAGCAACCAGGGCCAGGUAAUAACACUCUUCAGUGUUGGGGCGGUUACUGAGGUAGGACGUGUCAAAGUUAGCUGUUUUUAGUGCCAGUGAAGCAUUUAAAGAUCAAGUCAGAGGAAGGAGAUUGAUGUAAGAAGGUCUUUUUAAAAAGAGACUUAUUUGUCUGAGCGAAUGAAAUUUUCAGGCUGAGCUGAAUCAAGACUACAGCAAAUUUGUUCUGUUUAAGCCUGUUUCUAUACAGAUG